AUGACAGACGAAGAAAUCGUUGAUGUUAUUAUAGUAGGAGCUGGAAUAUCAGGACUCUAUGCAGCUUAUCGAAUCAGACAAAUAGCACCAGAACUUAAAAUACUUGUACUCGAAGCAAAAGAUCGAGUUGGUGGUCGCACAUUAACAGCUGAUCUUAAAACGUCACAUGAUGGAAAUGAAACAGAUCGAUUUGAUCUUGGUGGUCAAUGGGUGACUGAUACGCAAGAAAAUAUAACAACAUUACUUGAGGAAUUGCAAUUAGAAACAUAUAUGCAAUACCAUACAGGCAAAAGUAUAUCAGAAUUACAUCGUCGUGUACAAAAAUAUGGAUUACCAGUACCAUUUGUAUCUUUACUUUCAUUUCUUGAAACUAUUUAUAGUGUUUUUCGACUUGAAAGUUUAGUAUCGAAUGUUCCACCAUGGAAUCCCAUGAUGACAAGAAAUGCUGAUUAUCUUGAUCAACAUACACUUGCAGAUUUAAUGAAACCAUGGAUACGCAAUAGUAGAUAUUGUGAUCAUCGA